CGAGAAGAAACUGUGGUAUAUAUAUCCACUUAACUUUAACAUUGCCUUCUCUUAUCUCUCUGCGACAGCAGUGGUACACGGAGAGGGAAGGAUAAACAGAGCCAUGGUUUCGCUGAAGCUCCAAAAGCGGCUAGCCGCAAGCGUGCUUAAGUGCGGGAAAGGGAAGGUGUGGCUCGAUCCCAACGAAGUCAAUGAAAUUUCCAUGGCGAACUCCCGCCAAAACAUAAGGAAGUUGGUUAAGGACGGGUUCAUCAUCAGGAAGCCAACAAAGAUUCACUCUCGGUCUCGUGCACGGCGGAUGAAAGAAGCAAAGAGAAAAGGACGACACUCCGGAUAUGGUAAGCGGAAGGGUACAAGAGAGGCUAGGUUGCCAACAAAAAUUCUCUGGAUGAGAAGGAUGCGCGUCCUUAGGCGUCUACUCCGCAAGUACAGAGAGUCAAAGAAGAUUGACAAACACAUGUAUCAUGAUAUGUAUAUGAAGGUUAAGGGUAAUGUAUUUAAGAACAAGCGGGUCCUUAUGGAAAGUAUUCACAAGUCAAAGGCUGAAAAAGCAAGAGAGAAGACUCUUUCUGACCAAUUUGAGGCUAAGAGGGCAAAGAACAAGGCAAGCAGGGAAAGAAAAAUUGCUAGGAGAGAGGAGCGUUUGGCCCAAGGCCCAGGUGGAGACAAACCUACAGCUGCACCACCUGUUGCUGCAUCUCAACCAACAGAGAUAUCUAGGAAAUCGAAGAAGUGAGACCCAAAUUAAGAGCCCUAGAGAUCCUCUUAUUGUAGCAAAGUAGUGUUGUUGAGCUGGCGUGGUUUUUUGUUGACUUGGAUUCUGUUAUUUUAUGUCUUAGACAGAAGUUUAAAAUAUUUCCAUUAUGUAGCAUCAGCUGUCAUUUGUUUCUGUGCUGUUCCGCCCCUCUAUUUGAAUAUCUUUUUAGUUUAAUCAAAAAUUUCAUUUUAUUUCAUAA